CAAAAUUGUAUAGUACACUUUUUAUCAUCUUCUGAGCUUUCGUCCUGUGUAAGGGUACUAGGGUAGUAACCACUAACCAGUAUGGUUUCUUCCUUGACUUGGCUGUCUUCCUCAGACCUCAAUUCUCAAUCAAAAAUCUUUCAGCUUUUAUGUGGUCUCGCUGGGACUAAAAAAGGUUUUCUUCUGCAGUUGUAAUUGUAAACACAACUCUCCCAGUCCCUCAGGCUCCCAGCCCCCAGGAGGUAAGCCUUUCAAAUUUGUUUUCUUUCCUUCAAUUGUAUCGCCCAAAAACGCUCCUUCCCUUAUUCAUUUUGGCUUAUUUUCAUGACCUAUCUCUCUCUAUCUAAGCGGUUUGGUGGAUUCCAAAAAUAGGCAAUGGGUAUGUAUGUGACUAUGAACUGAGCGGGCGGUUUUACGUUAUAAAUUCCUAAAUUUACUCUUCUCAUUUUGUCCUCCCUCCCUCCCUCAUUCGUUGAUCCGUUGAUUCGUUGAAUCGUUUCUCUCAUCAUUCAAUUGCUGGUCCAAAAAAACUCAGUUUUUGUAACAGUAUUGCAGGUAGGCAAGGGCCACAGCCCCCUCUUCUUGCAUAGUUUCUCUAGUUUUUAUAUGAUUUUCCUUAUUUUGGUUUGAGAGACUGAAGAGCAUAGAUGGGUGUGGAAGGUGUUCCUCCGUCUCAUCCGUCCUGGUUUUUUUGGCUUGGAAUGAGCUCAUACCAAUCAGAUUUGUUUCUUCGAGGCAAGUUUGAAUUGAAGAAGAAUCGCAAGAAGCUGACUGCUUGAUUUCAAAGAGCUAAAAGAAAAUUUUCAAAAAAAUUAAAAAUUUAAAAAAAUGGCGUCUUCGCAAGUCCAAAUGGCCUCGGCCCAUUUUGGCUGUGUUCUCAGGGAUCAUAAUUGGCGUCACACAGACAAAGAAAGAGAAAGCAACGACAGCGUCCGAGCCCAGCAGCUCGAGAAGAAUCUCAAAGACUUUGUCAGGGAUCACAUCAAAUCCUGCAUUGCCCUCUCUGGCUCCAGGGAUUCCGAUGAAAAUUCCGAGAAUCAGGUCGACAAUCAGGAGAAGAACGACCACAAUUUUAAAGGCCCGGGCAGAAGAGAGGAAGAACCUCAGUUUGAAGACGAGUCUUCGCCCUUGGCGAUGAAGCAUUCAAGGAUAGUCGAUCGGUGGGCUACUCGAAAGGCGAGGGAGAUGAUUAUUACCAUCGAGAGGCAAACCCAUGAAGCAGAGCUCUUGGCCCUCUCCAAUUCUCACCCUGUUUCAACGGUUGCAUCAUCGUUCGUCGCAGAGAGCCCUCGCACUCCAUCGGAGUGCUCCGUUGAGCUUCCCAAUCUGCACACUUCGUCCCUUCUUCAGAUGUGGAGAGAGUUUGAGUCAGAAAAAAAGCCGACAUCCGGGAACCACAUCAGCUUUACUUCGAAUUCAACGAUUUCCAGUGGCGGUAGGCUCGAUUCUGGAACAAGCAAUCCUGAGAAUGCCUUUUUUGUAGACGACCCAUCACCACGCUCUGAGGUUUGCGACUCCGGAGAUGAAAGAUAUGAGACUCCGGCGGCUCACGAAGACUCGUUUACAGAUUGGGAGUCAGAGCAGAACACAGCCAGUGAACAGCUUUCGUCAUCGCAGGAGCGGGUUUCGGAAGUUGGGAGGCUCUCUGAAGUUGGAGAAAGCGAGCGGCCCAGGGUUGCAGAUAUCGUUAGAAAACUGACUUCAGGGAAACCAAUGCCAACACACAGUUCAAUGACACCUUCGAGCGAUGAACCCGAUCAAGAACAGCCCACGGUGAUUGACCCUGUACCAGAAGGAGGAGAACAGAGGGGCUUCCUGAAUGUGGGCAAGAGUCCCCGUGUAAGGGGGAGGCAAGCGAUGAUGGAUUUGCUCAUGCAAAUGGAACGUGAAAGGCAGAGGGAGCUCAAUGAACUGGUGGAACGCCGAGCGGUAUCGCAAUUUGCACAACGGGGACGAAUCCAGUCGAUGCUUAAGCUCAGAUUACUACAACGGGGAGUUGCAACUCUUGAUCAACAGAGUCCAGCUUCAGCAGCAUCUGAACUGGGUAGAUUACAGCAGGGAACUAACAUAUUGGCACUAAGGCGGAAAUUUAGUCCUUACCGAGAGGCUGGGGAGGUCCAUGGUGGAGAAUCUGGAGGUAACUCAAACUCUCAUACACAGCUACCAGAUAACACCACAGAUUUAGGACAUUCUGGUGCUUCUGAUGAGGUCAUUAAUGAAGAAGUUCAUCAUCAAGAAGUAGCUAGAAUGGACCAAGAAAGCACCACCCCAAUGCACCACUUAGUACCUUCUAUUCGUGAAGAUAUGCAAGAAGAAGCUAGUCAGAGUAUAGAUUAUGCACGGCAAGGAACAUGCUCAAUGGUUUGCGAUCUCGCCCAAGAAGGAAGUAUAAACAAUAUGACUUCCUCACAUGAUUCAGAAGGGAAUGAAUUAACAGAAGAACGAGAGCCGGAUACUGAGCAACUUGUUGGAUCCACUGAUGGAACUUGGCUAGGUGAUGCUUCUCACCCGCACAAAAAUUGGAGAGGUUCCAUGCAAUCAUGGUACCAGGACUUGCUUCCAAAUAAUUCAGAAGAUGGUGAAUGGAACGUAGUGACAGAUGCACAAGAACCUGGAAUGCAGCAGUUUAGAGGAUCCACAAAUGGAACUUGGCUUGGUGAUGUUUCUAGCUCACAAAGUGGUUGGAGACAUUCUAGGCAAGCAUGGCAGGAGGAUGUGCUUGAUAACAACUCUGAAGACAGGGAGAGGAUUUUUGUAACAGAAGAACCAGAAUCUGAUAUGCUGCAGCUUGCAGAAUCUGCUGAUGGAACCUGGCUAAGUAAUGGACUUCACCCACAAACGGAUUGGAGAGGGCAGUCAUGGUACCAGAAUGCGCUUGAGAAUAAUUCAGAGGAUGAAGAAGGGAACGUAGUGACGGAUGAACCAGAUCUUGAUAGUGAGCAGCUUGAAGGAUCUACUGAUGGAACCUGGCUAGGUGAUGUUUCUCGCCCACCUAGAGAUUGGAGGCGUUCCAGGCAAGAGUGGUGCCAGGAAGUGCUUGAGAACAAUUCAGAAAAUGGGGAAAUUCGAGAGCUUCUGCAGAGAAGAAGUGUGUCAAGGUUCCUUGCCAGUGACUUGAGGGAGACAAUGGAUCAAAUGAUAAUGUCAUGCAUACAAAGACAAAGGCAUCAGUCAGAAAGCGUAGCAGAAGAAGAGAAUCAUUUUGAGCAUCCGUAUUCGGAAACAAGUGGUACUUCUGAUCAUUUUGCAUCUACGUCAUUCAACCUACCUUUGUCUAUGUCAUACAACCUCCCUUUACCAUAUCAGCUGAGACCGCAGAAUUGGUAUCAAGAUCAUGAAGCCACCAGGGAUAAUUCUGAACAAGCUGCAUCUACAUCAUUACAACCAUCUGAAUAUCAGAGUCGAGACAAUAUGCAGUCUGCUAUAAAUCAUCCUUCUCUUGAAAUGGAUCUCAUAUCUGAUUUGAGAGAGCAUAUGGUACAGCUACAUAAUGAGAUAUAUGAACUGCGAAAAUCAAUGGAGAGCUGCAUGGACAUGCAGAAUAAGAUACAACACUCCAUUAAGAAGGAGGUGUCUGCUGCCGUUUAUAAUUCAGUUCAUGGUGGGGAGGCAACAGAAUUGCGCAAUUGGGUACCAACUACGAAAGGAAAGUGUUGUAUCUGCUACGACAUGCAGGUUGACUCACUUUUGUACAGAUGUGGUCACAUGUGCACUUGCUUCAAGUGUGCACAUGAAUUGCAGUGGAGUAGUGGGAGAUGCCCGAUUUGCCGAGCUCCAAUAUUAGAUGUUGUGCGGGCAUACUCCAACUCUUAGAAUAUAUUUGAACAGGUCCUUGGUCUGGAGGACUCUCAUCUUUUUGACAAAAUUCAAUCUAAUUAAACCCGAGUUGGAUGUUGAUUUAUUAAGUAGCCAGUUUAACAUAUAAAGAAGAAAGGUGUGUGUAACUCUGGCUUAUUUUUUUGUACAGUGCUAAAUAUUGGCAAAAGGGGUUUCUCCCUGCAAAAGCACAUUGAUAAUUUGAUAUAAUCUGUUUGUGGAAUAUAAGAAUAAAUGGAACUCCAAACAUUGUUUGUUGAA